UCUUUGUCUUUGUGAGUCUACUACCAUGUAUUGGAGUAGAAAUAUUGAGGAAACCAAAUGCUUUCGCACUAAAACACUCACGUUAGAAAUGUCAAAAGUUUCCUCAAAACUUGAAAUAUGUGCAAACCAAGCUCUUGUAAAUAUAUGUAAAAGUUGCCUUAACAAAUAUGAUUACUCCAAAGAAAACUUGAAAGAAAAUACUAUUGUCAUUGAUUUAACAAGCAAAAUUCCAUCUGCUGUAAUAACAAAUGAAAUUAUUCUCCCCUCAAAAAAAGAUUCAA